AUGGCCGUACAGGCAGGCCAUCAACAACACUACCAAACCUCACGUGCCAUAGACCAUCAACAACAUUACCAAACAUCACGUGCCAUAGACCAACAACACUACCAAACCUCACGUGUCAUAGACCAUCAACAACACUACCAAAGUUUUCGUGCCAUAGACCAUCAACGACACUACCAAACCUCACGUGCCAUAGAUCAUCAACGACACUUCCAAACCUCUCGUGCCGUAGACCAUCAACAACACUACCAAACCUCACGUGCCAUAGACCAUCAACAACACUACCUAACCUCACGUGUCAUAGACCAUCGACAACACUACCAAAGUUCUCGUGCCAUAGACCAUCAACAACACUACCAAACAUCACGUGCUAUAGACCAUCAACAACAUUACCAAACAUCACGUGCCAUAGACCAUCAACAACACUACCAAACCUCACGUGUCAUAGACCAUCAACAACACUACCAAAGUUCUUGUGCCAUAGACCAUCAACGACACUACCAAACCUCACGUGCCAUAGAUCAUCAACGACACUACCAAACCUCUCGUGCCGUAGACCAUCAACAGCACUACCAAACCUCACGUGCCAUAGACCAUCAACAACACUACCAAACCUCACGUGUCAUAGACCAUCAUCAACACUACCAAACAUCACGUGCCAUAGACCAUCAACAACAUUACCAAACCUCACGUGCCAUAGACCAACAACACUACCAAACCUCUCGUGCCAUAGACCAUCAACAACACUACCAAACCUCUUGUGCCAUAGAUCAUCAACGACACUACCAAACCUCACGUGCCGUAGACCAUCAACAGCACUACCAAACCUCACGUGCCAUAGACCAUCAACAACACUACCAAACCCCACGUGCCAUAGAUCAUCAACGACACUACCAAACAUCACGUGUCAUAGACCAUCAACAAUACUACCAAACCUCUCGUGCCGUAGACCAUCAACGACACAACCAAACCUCUCGUGUCGUAGACCAUCAACAACACUACCAAACCUCACGUGCCAUAGACCAUCAACAACACUACCAAACCUCACGUGUCAUAGACCAUCAACAACACUACCAAAGUUCUCGUGCCAUAGACCAUCAACGACACUACCAAUAG